AUGUACCGCUGCUGUUGUAAGAAAGUAAUCUCCAAUCAAGGUUACACUCCGAAUCGGUUUCCUCCAGGUACUACUCCGGAAGUGAUCAUUAUUACGGAAAAAUUCUUCGAUUACGAUGGUAUUCCAAAAACGAUUGCUGCACAGGCAGUCCAGAAAUCGAAGAUUCAAGUGGAAACAGCAAAACCAGAAACACGAGCCACACGGGUGACGCGAAAAACCAAUCAGCAGGCCCAGGAAGCAACAAAAGAAGAGAUUGACCAUGUGAUUCGAUUACCAAGCUUGCAAGUUUAA